AUGGCCGUCGACGUCUCCACCACCACCACAACCCUCAGCGCAAACGACAAACGCAUCCUAGACGCCCUCUUUGAUCCAGAAACACUCCCCUCCUCCGUCGCCCGCUCAAAAGACGCUGCACAAAUCGACUCCUCCCUUCCCUCCCUCCCCACCAUCUCUUCCCACCAACUAUCCACCCUCGAAACCCAACAAACCGAAAUAAUCCGCCAAGUAUCCAGCACAUCCAGCCCUGCCACCCUAGAAACUGCACUCGAAGAGUUAGACAGCACAAUCGCAACCUGGCCCACCUACCCUAGCGCCUACGUAAACCGCGCCAUGCUGCGCCGACUACGCAUCGAAGCCGACAUGACAUCCUCCUCUACAGAACAACAGCAGCACAUCUUCUCCGUCGCACGCUCCGAAGACAUCGAAGCGCUAUUCACAGACCUCGGGUGCGCAAUACAACAUGCCUUGCCGAGCACUUCGCCCCAAGGGCCCGUGUCCCCCUACCAAGCCCGCAUACUGCGGACCGCGUAUUCGCAUCGUGCUUUUUUGUACCUGAAGGCUGCGGAGACGGAGACGGGGCUGGGUGGGCAAAGUAAGACGGAUUUGGAGGAGUUGGCGUCGAAGGACUUUGCGGCUGCGGCGAGGUAUGGCGAUGAAGUGGCGAGGGAGAUGAGCGUUAGGACGAAUCCAUAUGCGAAGAUGUGUGGGGCCAUUGUGAGAAAUGCUUUGCGGGAAGAGAGGGAGAUGGAGGGUUGUUGA